AUGGCUUCCCCGACGCGCUUCAAUAUCGGUGCUGACGAGACCGGCCUCUUGGGCAUAAAGCAGACGCCCGAGGCCGCGGCCAAGCUCAGCGCGUUGUUGCAAGAAGACAUGGAGAUUUCUCACCACCUCCUCGCGCUCUAUGGCACCGGCGCCACGCCUGACGAUAUCCAACGCGGCUAUGACGACAACAAAACCUAUCAGCUGAAGCGAAAUGAGCAGGGAGAAAAGGCUCUGAGUGCGCUGCGUGAAAAUUACGACGAAGCGACCAAAGAAUUCUUCGGCCGCGGCCGAUACUACGGCGAUUUCCUCCGCUUCUACCAGGGUGAGAUCAAGGAGCAUGGAUACCAGGCAACCGUUCUCAAGUAUCUCAUCAACAACGAGCAAAACUUUCGUCGUCUCUUUGGCGGCCUCCUCCAUCCAUACCUCCAGCUCAUGUACGGGCUGGAGUGGGCGCAGCCUGCGCUCGUUGCCGAGGGCCUCGCCCAGGCGAGCGUCCACAAGGACGCCUACGGCGAGCUAUUCGCCUCGGUCGACGAGAAAGCCCGUAAGAACCCGCCCGCGGCACUUCGUCACCUGGCAGACCUCCUGGACAGCAUCGGCGCCGAGUACCCGCACCUCGUCGCCGAGUCCCCGCACCUCGUCGCCGAGUCCCGGUGGGAGGACGGCGACGGCAGCCAGACGGCCGUGCUGAACCGCAUCCCCGACCAGGUCGCCGACUACCUGGCCGCCAACGUGUCCGUCAGCGCCGACGACGACUUUUCCGAGCAGGUUGACUCCAUGGUACACGCGUGCGCGUACCUUGCCGCGACUGCCAUCUUCCACCCGCCUCACAAGCCCAAGUUUGACUUUUUCAUCAUCCAUCACAACAACCUGACCCCCGCGUUCAUCUGGCUCAAGGACCAGGACUGGAUCCCCGCCGCCGCCCGGGCCCGCCUGCUCGAGUGGAAGCUGCGCGCCGGCGUGCUCACCUUCCUCUCGCGCGGCAGCCCGCGGCUCGACCUCGAGGCGCUCCGCCGGUACGUGCCGCGCGACGUGCAGCGGGGGGGCACGGCGGUGCGCACGCCGGAGGAGCUGCUGCCGCGGCUGCACGCGGUGCCGGACGACGGGCACGUCAUCAAGGUGGCGCGCGCGAUGCUGCUGGCGCAGCGCGCGACGAGGCCGUACCUGGAGAGGGCGGAGAGGCCGGCGUGGGUGCGCAUCGCGGACGACGAGACGUGGCUCAAGGCGCACUAUGCGCUGCUGGACAGCGUGGAGGGUGCGGAUGUCGACAGCGGCAAGGAGCCGCGCUGGGUGCGCUCGGCUGGGUUUGACAGCGCGUGGGAGGACGUGCCCAAGAUGUAA